GAUGGCACGCUGCCAUAAUUGCCUCUCAUGUUCCUCUAACACCCAGUAAGCGCAAACCACGCGCACGCUCGCACACAGGGCCCCCCCCCCCUCGAACCACGACUGAAUUCCUCUGGUCAGAAUGAACUUUUCAUAGACACUUGGCUGGCAGUACGAGUUCUGUCUCCCUUGUUUGUGUCGGACUAGAGGAAUUAAGGCAGGGUCAGGCAGGGCGGGCGCCACACUACACAGUACCACACACACAGUGGCCGGCCAGCGCACAUCUCCAACAUCUGUGACAAACAUGAGUGACAAAGGAGCACAAGAUGAACUGGAAGACUUCGAGAGACCGCAACCGCAAGUGGAAAAGAAAUCCAGUCCUUUGACAGAGGCACAGGUGAAGGCAGCUCUGAGGCAGGACAAGGGCAGUGGGGCCACCCUGCUCUCGUGGACCACUCAAGACCUCACUAAGAAGGGCGACAACUUUAUGGGCACUCUGAAGCGUCUCAAUGUGUCUUUCUCUCAGGAUGGCCAGAACCUCGAGGUGGCAUACGUCGUGAAAGCUAAGCAAGAAUUUGUGGAUGGCAUGAAAGAAUUAAAUAACAUUAUGUUUGAGAAAGAGUGUCUGUUCUACAGUAUCCUGGUGCCAUUGCUCAAUGCUGAACUGCAGUCUGCCAACCUAGAGCCUUUACGACUUCCUCGGUACAACUUCCACAGUCUGGAGGAGAAUGCUGAGGUGCUCAUUAUGGAGGACGUCACCCAACUUGGGUUCAAAAUGGUUGAUCGUAAAAAUGGCCUUGAUGCCGCCCAUGCCGAACUGGUCUUCCUGGAGCUCGCAAGACUUCAUGCCGCCUCCUACCUCCUUCAGACCAAACUCCCAUCUGGAAACCUGGCGGAGGAAUACUCCUUCCUGACGAAGGAAUGGUUUAACUUCUCCGAGGGGGCUGAGAGGGAAAUAGGUCCAUUGUUCCAGAGCGAUGUGAACAUUUUAGUGAAAGUGGUGGAGACAGUCGAUGGAUAUAAAGAGGUCCUGACUUGGCUGAAGGCUCUGGCACCCAGGACUGUGGAUGUCUUCAAGGAGCAGAUGAAGACGCAGGAUCCGUUUGCUGUCAUCUGUCAUGGAGACUGUUGGACUAACAACUUCCUGUUCAGGUAUGACGAAUCAGGUCGUCCCAUUGAGGUCGUUCUCGUCGACAUGCAGUUGUGUCGUCGAGGAUCACCGGCCCUCGACCUCAACACCGUCGUUUACUCGAGCAUCAGCGGAGAGGUUAGGUCAGCCAGCUUCAGCCACCUCCUGCAUGCUUACUUCGCCUCCUUCACCAGUGUCAUGAAGGCACGGGACGCCGCUCUCCCCUUCACCUACGACGCGCUCCUGCAGGAGUACCACAAGAGAAACAUAUUUGGCCUGCUGGUCGCCGCUGCCUAUCUACCAACCGCUUUGGUCGAGGCAGACGACACCCCAGACUACACCCAGAUGGGGGAGGAGUGGAUGAAGCAGCGGGAGGAGACGAUCAAAACUAUAGUGACACGAUGCCCUCUUCUGGUGACGUGGAUGUGUAGUACGCUCGAUGAUAUGAUAGAGUUUGGUGUUGUUGGGAAUGGUAGUCACCAGGCAGAUCCAGUAUGCCAAAAGUUGCAGGUGGAAGAAAAGUUAGAUCAGGUGACAGAGGCACAGGUGAAGGCAGCUCUGAGGCAGGACAAGGGCAGUGGGACCACCCUGAUCUCGUGGACCACUGAAGAGUUCACUAAGAAGGGCGACAACUUUAUGUGCACUGUGAACCGUCUCAAUGUGUCUUUCUCUCAGGAUGGCCAGAACCUCGAGGUGGCAUACGUCGUGAAAGCUAAGCAAGAAUUUGUGAAUGGCAUGAAAGAUUUUGCUAACAUGGCAUUUGAGAAAGAGUGUCUGUUCUACAGUAUGCUUGUGCCAUUGCUCAAUGCUGAACUAAAGUCUGCCAACCUAGAGCCUUUACGACUUCCUCGGUACAACUUCCACAGUCUGGAGGAGAAUGCUGAGGUGCUCAUUAUGGAGGACGUCACCCAACUUGGGUUCAAAAUGGUUGAUCGUAAAAAUGGCCUUGAUGCCGCCCAUGCCGAACUGGUCUUCCUGGAGCUCGCAAGGCUUCAUGCCGCCUCCUACCUUCUUCAGACCAAACUCCCAUCUGGAAACCUGGCGGAGGAAUACUCCUUCCUGACGAAGGACUGGUCUAACUACUCCAAGGGGGCUGAGAGGGAAAUUGGCCAGGUGAUGCAGAACGACAUCAACAUUCUAGUGAAAGCAGUCGAGACAGUCGAUGGAUAUGAAGAGGUCCUGACUUGGCUGAAGGCUCUGGCUCCCAGGAUUAUGGAUGUCUUCAAGGAGCAGAUCAAGUCGCAGGAUCCGUUUGCUGUCCUGUGUCAUGGAGACUGUUGGACUGGCAACUUUCUCUUCAGAUACGACGAAUCAGGUCGUCCCAUUGAUGUUGUUCUCGUCGACAUGCAGUGGUGUCGUCGAGGAUCACCGGCCCUCGACCUCAACACCGUCGUUUACUCGAGCAUCAGCGGAGAGGUCAGGUCAGCCAGCUUCAGCCACCUCCUGCAUGCUUACUUCGCCUCCUUCACCAGUGUCAUGAAGGCACGGGACGCCGCUCUCCCCUUCACCUACGACGCGCUCCUGCAGGAGUACCACAAGAGAAACAUAUUUGGCCUGAUGCAGGCCGCCUCUGUCCUGCCCACUACUCUGGUCGACGCAAGCGACAUGCCAGACUUCACCCAGGUCGGGGAGGAGUGGAUGAAGCAGCGGGAGGAGAAGAUCAAAAGUAUGGUGGCCCGAUACCCUCCUCUGGUGACAUGGAUGUGUAGUGUGUUGGAUGAUAUGGUGGAGUUUGGUGUUGUUGAUAAGGCUUCUCACUAGGCUCCUGGCCAUAGUGAGGCAAAGUAGCCUAACCAUCUUGAUUCACGGGAACCAACAACCAAGCUUGACAUAAUAUAACAAAUGCCAUAUAAGAGGCUUUUAGAGGUCCUUUGGGAUAUAUUCUCAAAAUCCAUCUCAAUAAAAUGAAAAGUAUA